GGGGGAGAGGGGGCCUCUCUAGUCUGCGGCCUGUGUCUAUGGUCGCGCCCGUAGCGUCCAGCUGCUCCGGACUGAGCUGGGGUGUAUGGCGCCUCAGGAACCAGCUCUGGGGCCCCGAUAGCGGGCCGCCCCCGCAGCUCCCGGCUUGGGGUGAGGGUCUCCCCAGCUCUAAGAAUGGCUACCUCUCGAUAUGAGCCAGUGGCUGAAAUUGGUGUUGGUGCCUAUGGGACCGUGUACAAGGCCCGGGAUCCCCACAGUGGCCACUUUGUGGCCCUCAAGAGUGUGAGAGUCCCCAAUGGAGGAGGAGCUGGAGGGGGCCUUCCCAUCAGCACAGUUCGUGAGGUGGCUUUAUUGAGGCGGCUGGAGGCUUUUGAGCAUCCCAACGUUGUCAGGCUGAUGGAUGUUUGUGCCACCUCUCGAACUGACCGGGAGAUCAAGGUGACCCUGGUGUUUGAGCAUGUAGACCAAGACCUAAGGACAUAUCUGGACAAGGCAUCCCCACCAGGCUUGCCAGUGGAGACCAUCAAGGAUCUGAUGCGCCAGUUUCUAAGAGGCCUAGAUUUCCUUCAUGCCAAUUGCAUUGUUCACCGAGACCUGAAGCCAGAGAACAUUCUGGUGACAAGUGGUGGGACAGUCAAGCUGGCUGACUUUGGCCUGGCCAGAAUCUACAGCUACCAGAUGGCACUUACACCUGUGGUUGUUACACUCUGGUACCGUGCCCCCGAAGUUCUUCUGCAGUCUACAUAUGCAACACCUGUGGAUAUGUGGAGUGUUGGCUGUAUCUUUGCAGAGAUGUUCCGUCGAAAGCCUCUCUUCUGUGGAAAUUCUGAAGCUGACCAGUUGAGCAAAAUUUUUGACCUAAUUGGGCUGCCUCCAGAGGAUGACUGGCCCCGAGAUGUCUCUCUACCCCGAGGAGCCUUUUCCCCCAGAGUGCCCCGCCCGGUGCAGUCAGUGGUGCCUGAGAUGGAGGAGACUGGAGCACAACUAUUGCUGGAAAUGCUGACUUUUAACCCACACAAGCGAAUCUCUGCCUUCCGAGCUCUGCAGCACUCUUAUCUACAUAAGGAAGAAGGUAAUCCUGAGUGAGCAACGGAGUGGCUGCCACAGAAGGAAGACACACUGCCAUUUCCCUCCCAGACAUGCGUGGAGAGAAGAGAACCCCACUGAGAAGGCUACCUCUGCCUUCAUCUCCAAGGCUGUCGAGACUCCUUUUUACAGAGGAUAUUUUGUUGCCUUAAUGACAUUCCCUUCCUGCUCCUCCUUUCUCUGCUUACCCUUUUCCUACCUCCACCCACCUGCCAUUUCUCUACACUAAGGGGUAUGUUCCUUUUUCUUUUCCCUAUCUUGAUAUUGGGUUUCUUUUUUAUAUAGAAAAACAAAAUGAGACAAAGAAACAUGGUCUUUUUAUCUUUUUUUUUAAUGCUUCUUCCUCUCAUGGGCUUUGUCAUCAGGAGAUUUGGAAAAACCACUUGGAAGAAGGACCUUCUCAAUAGAACCUUAAAGACUUUAUUUAAGUUGCAGGGCCUAGGCAGUCAGUGGGGCCUCUUGGCUGUCAGGGAUUAGAAAGGAACUUAAGUUGCUACUUUCAGUGUGGAAUUACAAUGGCUUUUAUUUUUAUAUUCACUGAACAUUCUCAAUUGGGUCCUGUGUGUUACAAGAGUUCUCGGUUUUCUCCUUGGCUCUGUCCCUGAUAUACCCUUGGAGCCAUGCUAGGGUAUGUUGAGGUGGUCCAGCAUGUGGAAAGGGAAAAAGAAGAAAUGUCAAGAAAUGACUCCAACCCUUAUCCCAUCCC